AAAUCUCCAUCGUACGGUCACAAACCUUUUAAACUACCCUAGUAAUCCUAUAUACACCCGUUGAUCACUACUCUUAACACCCAAAUCACCACCUCUUCUUCUUCCCCACUAAUCAAAUGCAGUAAUCUUUUGGCCCAAAUUCAUCCGAUUCUAGAAAAUAUGGUAAAAUCAACUGAUUUAAGCAAGGACGACGAGGAAUUCGUUAAACUUGCGGUUUCUAAUAAUCAAGGUGGUGGAAGUGUGCCCAGUGAAGAUGACGGUCAACCUAGUGAUUGUGGGGUUAAGGAAGCUCGUUUAAACGGGGACGUCGUGUUGGUUAACAAGUUUGAACAUGCUGAGGUUACAUUAGCUGCUAAUAAUGAACAUGUUUCAGCCGUUAGCGUUGAAGAAAACAGUUCUACAGUUAUAGAAAACAAGAUUUCAGUUGUUGCCGAGAAUGGUUCAACAGUUCAAGACGUUUCUCAUAAAAGAACCGGAAAUCCUGCCAGUAAUCGUGAGAUAGAUGCCGUAUCUGGUACUAAAAGACCCCGAAUAACCGUAGAUGAAAAGCAGGCUUCCGUCCACAUCGUUUAUAAUUCUAUAACAAGAGAGAGUAAACGGAAACUUGAGGAAUUAUUACAACAGUGGUCAGAAUGGCAUGCUCAACAUAAUUCAUCAUCUCAUGAUUCACAGGUUGAACUAGAAUCCGGUGAGGGGACCUAUUUUCCAGUACUUAGUGUUGGUCUGGAUAAAUCUUCUGCAGUGUCAUUCUGGAUGGAUGGGCAAACGAAGAAUUCUCAAAGCAAGGAAGUUAUAGCUUUGGAUAAUAAUUCAAUCCCUCUUUAUGAUCGUGGGUAUUCUUUUGGCUUAACAUCAACCGAUGGUCCAAGUAACGUAGACGGAGGGUUGGAAAUAGUAGACGGUUCUCGCUGCUUCAACUGCGGUUCAUACAACCAUGCACUAAAGGAAUGCCCAAAGCCUCGUGACAAUGCUGCGGUUAACAAUGCCCGUAAACAACACAAAGCUAAACGUAACCAGAAUGCUGUUUCUCGUAACCUGACUCGAUACUAUCAAGACACUCCUGCUGGAAAGUUUGAUGGUUUAAGGCCAGGUGUGCUAGAUGCCGAAACGAGAAAACUUCUGGGUCUCAAAGAGCUUGAUCCACCUCCAUGGCUCAACAGAAUGCGAGAGAUCGGCUACCCACCAGGGUACCUAGAUGCAGAAGAUGAUGAUGAUCAGCCAUCUGGGAUUGAGAUAUUCGGUGAAGAGGUGGUUGUUAAGCAAGAAACUGAGGAUGGUGAAGCCCUCGAUAUGGAUAGUAAACCUGAACCGUCCAAGAAAAAGAGUGUCAAAUUUCCAGGAGUAAACGCCCCAAUUCCAGAAAAUGCCGACGAGUGGCGUUGGGCAGCAAGGGCUUGGAAGUUCGAAUUGCCUAGAAGCCGGUCAUCAAACCAUCGAUACCAUAGUUCAACUGAAUCCGCUGCAACUAGGCCUCAUCAUCAUGAAGAAAGAUGGAACCGAGAUAAUAGAUACUAUAAUUCAACUGAAUCUGCUGCGACUAGACCACAUCAUCAUGAAGAAAGGUGGAACCAUGACAUGUUUAGAGAAGAUAGAGUUCACAGCGGUUCCUUCUCAUCUAGCUUCUCGAAUAGGUACACUGGUUAUGAUGACUUUAGUGGUCAUCGAAAUCUUUUGAUUCAUGAAACAAGAUCGAGCCAUGGUAGUGAUCGUUGGAAUCCUUACUCGACUGACUCGAAGGAUCAUCGCCAUCGUAGUUGGAGGUGAGUCUUAGGGACAGAAAAGCAUCAGUGUGCAUGGAGUAGAUGAGGUGAAUUGUUUAGCAUCAGUUUUGGUAUAUUUUACAACUAUACCCUUUGACUUUUGUUUUUGUUCAACUUAUAUCCUUCUUGUUUCUAGUUUAGGCUUUCAUAUGUUGUAAGCACUAGUUUUGGUGGGAUUAAAGUCAUAAACCAUUUGAAUUUAUUCAACUGAGGCCAUAUUUGGUAUAUGUUGACUUCUUGUA